GCGCUGAUGUCGGGCGCCCUCGUGCCCAUCUACUACGGAGCAUUCGCCUCGCUGCCGCCGUCGCCGCUGCCCGCCAGUGCCGCCGACUCGGACGCCGAUGCCGGCAGCGACGACGAAGAGACGCUGCAGAGCGAGGCGCUGACGUCGAGCGAGGCCUACCUCUUCCCGCUCCUCGGCAGCGCCGUACUCGCCGGCAUGUACGUGCUUGUCAAGCUCGUCGACCGCCGGUACCUUGACGUGCUGCUCGGCGCGUACUUUGGCGUGGUCGGCGCAGCUGCGGUCUGGAAGUCCGCACAUGGAGUUGUCCGUGGCAUCCUUGGGCGCGCGCGGUGGGCAUCCUUCACCGCCUACCGGCUGGUCCUCAUCAGGCGCCCCGCAGAGUCCGUCUUUGCGACCAAGCUCUCGAUCCUGUCGCUGCCGCUGGGCCUGCUGUCGGGUGCCAUCGUGCUCUCGUACCUCUACACGAAGCACUGGGUGCUGUCGAACAUCCUGGCGCUCUCGCUCGCGCACUCGGGCAUCACGCUCAUGGCGCUCGACUCGUUCCGCACCGGCGGCAUCAUGCUGCUCGGCCUCUUUGCGUACGACAUCUUCUGGGUGUUUGGCACCGACGUCAUGGUCUCGGUGGCGCGCGGCCUCGACGGGCCGAUCAAGAUCACGUUCCCGAAGAACUUUGCCGACGGCCUGCAGCGCGCGCUCGAGGGCGCCGAGCCGGACUGGAAGCUGACGAUGCUCGGCCUCGGCGACAUUGUCAUCCCCGGCAUCUUCAUCGCUCUGGCGCUGCGCUUCGACCUCGCACAGCACCGCGCUGCACACCCGACGUCGCGCACGCGCCGCGUCUUCCGUCGGCCGUACUUCCGCGCGACGCUCGCGGCGUACAUCGCCGGCCUGGCGACGACGAUGGGCGUGAUGCACGUCUUCCAGGCCGCGCAGCCGGCGCUGCUCUACCUCAGCCCGGCGUGCAUCCUCGCCGUGCUAGGCACGGCGCUGCGGCGCGGCGAGGUGGCCCAGGUGUGGGCGUGGAGCGAGGAGGAGGAGCAGGAGGAGCAGGAGGCAGACAAGGAAGACUAG